CGAAUGUCUGCCGACUCUUAUCCACACCGAGUUUGUCUGGUGGCUGGAUGGAAAAUACUAAAGAAAAGAAAAAAGAAAAAAAAAAUCUUAUUAUUGAUAAGAACGAGCCAGAUACCAACUACACUUCUUGCACUUCCCUGGCUCUUAUCAUCAAUUCUUGACAACAUUGAAGGGGAUCAGCAAGUGGAGCUCGAGUGAUCAGGGCUGGCUGAGAUCAAGGAUCCUUCCAAUCUCCAUCCAACAUCAGAUUGAUUUGCCCAAUGCUCGCCGGACCUCGAACUUACUGUCCCAGAGCAAUGAGACUUGAGAUGCCGCGCACGGGAUUAUCUCAGACAAUUAUUCCUAUCUCGACCCACUGCGGGGUCCACGGGUUUCGGGAAUAGAAGGAUUGAGGAACCGGAACCUCUUCAUGAACUGAUCAGGUCCGGCGAUGAUAAGUCGAUAUCAUACCAUUGCGUGAUUUGAUGUUAUCCUUAGAUUGAGAUACCAACUCCAUUGCUACUCAAAACCAUGGUUCACUAACUGUGUUGCAAAUAUUCCAACACUUGCUUCUUCAAUUGGCUGCUCCUCGUCGGGAAAUGAGAAAGGCUUCAGCUACGGUAAAGCACUUGGGAGUGGAGAUGCUACUCAGUG